GCUGACUCAGCUCUGUAAGAGGCAGAAAAAUGAGUCCAAAUUUAUAUACAGAAGAACCCGCCUCCGGCGCCCGGAAUACCGAGGAUCCGGCAGCGUCGGACAGAUGCUCGGUGGAGGAGGUGGCGCUGGUGGUGCCGGAGACGGACGACCCGACCCUACCCGUCAUGACCUUCCGGGCAUGGGUCCUGGGCCUGGCCUCUUGCACGAUUUUGAUUUUUCUUAACACUUUCUUCAUCUACAGGACGCAGCCGCUGGCCAUUUCCGCCAUUCUCAUGCAGAUAGCGGUGCUUCCGAUCGGGAAGUUCAUGGCGGCGACCCUGCCGGAGAGAGAGUACACGGUGUUUGGGCGGUGGAGAUUUGGGCUCAACCCCGGCCCGUUUAAUGUGAAGGAGCACGUGAUUAUCACGGUCAUGGCUAAUUGUGGGGUGUCGAUUGGGGGUGGUGAUGCUUACUCUAUAGGGGCCAUUACAGUGAUGAAGGCUUAUUAUAAGCAGAGCUUGAGCUUCCUCUGUGCUCUAUUGAUUGUCUUGACAACACAGUUGGUGGGCUAUGGAUGGGCUGGGAUGUUGAGGAGAUACUUGGUGGAUCCAGUUGAGAUGUGGUGGCCUUCAAAUCUGGCUCAAGUUUCUCUCUUCAGGGCACUUCAUGAAAAGGAACACAAGGCUCAAGGCACGACAAGAAUGCGAUUUUUCCUCAUAUCCAUGACAGCAAGUUUUAUCUACUACUUAUUCCCUGGAUACCUAUUUCAGAUCUUGACCUUCUUUUCCUGGGUAUGUUGGGUUUGGCCCAACAGCAUCACGGCCCAGCAAAUCGGGUCCGGUUACCAUGGCCUCGGACUGGGUGCCUUCACCCUUGAUUGGGCCGGAAUCUCUGCUUAUCACGGCAGCCCAUUAGUCACCCCAUUUUCUUCCAUUCUGAAUGUCAUGGUUGGAUUUAUCAUGUUUAUAUACAUCAUAGUUCCGAUUUGUUACUGGAAGUUCAACACCUUUGACGCCCGGAAAUUUCCCAUUUUCUCGAAUCAACUUUUUACUUCCAGUGGGCAUAAGUAUGAUACCACCAAGAUUUUAACCCCACAAUAUGAUCUUAACAUUUCGGCUUAUGAAAGUUACAGCAAGCUGUAUCUUAGCCCGUUAUUCGCGCUCUCAAUUGGAUCAGGAUUCGCAAGAUUUACUGCCACAUUAACACAUGUUGCAUUGUUCAAUGGCAGAGAUAUAUGGAGGCAGAGCAAAUCUGCUCUGAAGAACGUGAAAUUAGACGUGCAUGCGAAGAUGAUGAAAAAUUACGAGCAAGUGCCCGAGUGGUGGUUUCUCAUUUUGUUGGCAGGCAGCAUAGCUUUAUCCCUUUUAUUGUCGUUUGUGUGGAAAGAAGACGUGCAGCUACCGUGGUGGGGAAUGCUCUUUGCAUUUGGUUUGGCUUGGAUUGUAACACUCCCAAUUGGGGUCAUUCAAGCUACUACCAAUCAGCAACCCGGAUACGACAUUAUUGCGCAGUUCAUAUUCGGAUUUAUCCUUCCCGGAAAGCCCAUCGCAAAUCUACUUUUCAAGAUUUAUGGUCGGAUAAGUACUAUUCACGCUCUUUCUUUCCUAGCCGAUCUUAAACUUGGGCACUACAUGAAAAUCCCACCUCGAAGCAUGUUCAUUGCUCAGCUUGUGGGGACAUUGGUUUCUGGCACGGUCAACCUAGGCGUGUCAUGGUGGUUGUUGGGAAGCAUAGACAACAUAUGUGAUGUGGACGCAUUGCAUCCUGAAAGCCCAUGGACUUGUCCUAAAUUCCGAGUCACGUUUGAUGCUUCAGUCAUUUGGGGCCUAAUUGGGCCCGAGAGACUAUUCGGGCCUGGUGGAAUGUACCGUAACUUGGUGUGGCUAUUCCUUAUAGGGGCAGUCUUGCCGAUUCCGGUUUGGAUUCUGAGUAAAAUCUUCCCUCACAAAAAAUGGAUUCCUCUGAUCAAUAUUCCGGUCAUCUCCUACGGUUUUGCGGGCAUGCCACCGGCUACCCCUACGAACAUUGCCAGCUGGAUCAUAACCGGGACUCUGUUCAACUAUUUCGUGUUCAAGUAUCGGAAAAAUUGGUGGCAAAGGUAUAAUUAUGUUUUAUCGGCCGCAUUAGAUGCUGGGACGGCUUUUAUGGGUGUUGUGCUGUUUUUUGCCCUGCAAAAUGAGGGCAAAAAUGUAAAAUGGUGGGGUUCGGAGCCGGACCAUUGUCCUCUAGCUUCUUGCCCGACUGCACCUGGGAUUGUUGUUAAAGGGUGUCCGGUUUUCAGGUGAAGAUGGAUAUAGUUUGUGUUUGGAAAGAUUAAUUAUUUGGUUGUCAUUAUAUAGCAAAAUUGGAGAUUAUUAUGAAGCUGUAACAUCUUUAGUUUCAAUACUUUGACAUUAAAAUAGACUGCAUUUUCACAUUCACUCGUUUACUUUAGUUAUUUAUUAUCUGUUGUAUGUAUACAUUUCGUUUUCAUGUCGGACUAUUAUACUAUAUAUUUACAUUAUUAUGGACACGCAAACAUGUCCACCCAACACAUAGCAAGCCCAUUUAGCUAGCUAGUGAUCAAAUCAAUAAACUCCACACAAUCAAUUCUCCCUUUAAUUUUUAUUUUUAAUAAUUUCAUGUAUGCUUGUGAGGCAUCAAAUGUAUGUUGUUGGUCGUGUAACUACGGAUGCCAUCAGUGUUUGAGGUUAGUUGUAUCGGAUUAUGUUUUCGGACCAAACGACACGAACUAGAUUUUGGGAGAUGAACGACUUUGAUGUGGCAUAUUUUCUCCAAGUUCGGGAUUGCAUGGAGACGUGAAGGUAGAUCGAUUAGGAAGUUUCCAGAACUAUCCGUGUCAGUUUUCGCCCAUGUUUUCUUCCUUUUCGAUCUAGAACCGCACAAAACAGCUACUCUUGCACCUGCAAUUAAUAGGAAUCUGUUUUCUCUCCCGCACCACCACCACUGCAGAGAAUUUUGCCGCCAAUCACGACCGUCGAGAGCUUUUCUUCCCCGUAACCGGCCCACUGCACCAUCUCAUCCCUCCCAGAAGAAAAUAUAUCCGCCAAAAAAUCCGAUUCCUGAGCGGCCAUGGCCGACCACUCCAUGGAAACGAGAACGAUAAACACGAAUAAGAACAUCAUGCUCUUGGCAAAAUUGUUUUGUCCAAGAAAGCAGCCCAUAAUAUUUGUGUUGUUGAGCAAUUUGUUUUUCGCUAGUUUAAUUUAAUUUUAUCAUACCACCU